CCUUGUGCUGCUGGCUGCCAACUGUCGACUGCUUCUCUCAGUCUGCCGGGCGGCCUCGCGCGCGCUUGGUUUCCACUGACGAAUCCGCGCGUCGCGAAGCGAACGUCGCGAUCGUCGCGAAUCUGUCCGUCGAGCGCGGCAUUGAGAAAGAUCGUGGGGUAUAAAAGAUAAAGAACGAUCGAUCUAUCUGAGGAUGACGCCGAGAUACGUGAGACAUGUUGGAAAGAAAGGGGGGUAGCUGAGAUUUUUCCCAGUUGAGAUUGCGUGUGUGGUCGAUCUAUCGUAAAAUAGUAAGAAGCACAAAUGGCACUUGUUCGGCAUCACGAGUCGGCGCCACUGAUAAUAAUCGCGGCUAGGGAUAUAAAAAUUGCGCGCUAACGAUGGUAGCCUUCGCGGCGGACGAGCGCUCCGAGUCACGAUGACAGCGUGAGGAGAGACACGAUUUCUAUCCGAGAGCGCAGAAAUCAUCUCGGCGCGAAAAGACGAUUUGCACUUUCAGACUCUGAGAGAAACGCGCGUGCGGAUCCGAGUGAUAUGAGUCCCACGGGCGAACAGUGAACGUCCCCACGGUCUUCCUCGUUCCGGCUGGGAGAAGCAUCGGAAGAUCAGGGUGGAUGAGAUGUGAAGGAGGAGCGAAGCGCGUCGUAGACCUGGCGGGAACGAAGGCGGAAGUCGAGGGAGCGGAGGCGAGCUUCAUCGCGGGGAUAGCGGCACGUCGAGGGAGCACCUGGCGCGGGCCGCCUGAGAUGACGGCCGCGCGACAGGACAUCGCGGCAUCCCCGUACAGAACUUUCCUCCUGGUGUCUCUGAUCGGACUGAUGCUCCAAAUUCAUUCGGCGACGGGUGGUAUAUGCUGGUCGUCCAUCAGUAACGGUCGCUGCAAAGAGCUUCUGUCGCAAGGCGUUACGCGGGAGGACUGUUGCGCCUCGAACGCAGCGGCGGCGACUGCCUAUUCCGAGGAGGACCUGGACAGCGGAAGUCUUUUCUUCUGGAAGGUUCUCGGUGGGGGUGUGCAGUGCCGUCCCUGUCGAGAGAGCUGCGCGGAAGUGAGGUGCGAGGAGGGAAAGAAGUGCGUGGUGCGUAGAGGAAGACCGAGGUGCGUGUGCAGUCCGGAGUGCAAAGCACCGCGAGGUGGUGGACCGGUCUGCGGGACGGACGGCAAGAGUUACAAGAGCCUGUGCAGACUCAAAAAGCGAGCUUGCAAGAAGGGCAGCCACGAGCUCGCGGUUGCCUACAACGGCCACUGCCAAAGUUCGUGCGCACGGGUCCGCUGCGGCCAAGGUCGGAGCUGUCUACUGGACCAGAACCUGAGCCCUCACUGCGUGAGGUGCGCCCGCAGGUGCCCGCAGGCGCCCCCGCACCAGGUCGCCGGCGCGCGCCCCGUCUGCGGGGCCGACGGAAACACCUACAAGAGUGCCUGCCACCUGCGACUCGCCGCCUGCCGCGCUGGCCGCGCCAUUCCCGUCGCCUAUAAGGGCCACUGCAAACAGAGCGCGGACUGCACCACGAUACGCUGUCGAGAAGGCCAGACUUGUUUAUCCGAGAUGAAGUCUGGACGACCGCGUUGCGUGACCUGCACCUACCGUUGCCCUCGGAAGCGGGAGCGCAAUCGAACGCACCGUGACAGAGAUCGCGACCCAUCGACGACCAUGUUAUGCGCGACAAACAACAUCACCUAUCCCAGCUGGUGUCACAUUAUCAAGGACGCCUGCGUGACUGGCUUCGUUCUCGAAACGCGGCAUGCGGGCCCCUGCAACGCUUACGACACAGCCCCUCUUUAUAUCGAGGACGACAACACCUCGAGCAACUACGGGGUUGAUUUGGCGGACGAGGACACGAAGGCGGGUGACGACCGCGCCAAAUCUCCGUACGGUCUACACUCCUUGUCGUAGCUCCAGCGCUUUUCGUGAGAAUACGACGACACGCGUUACAGUCUCCUCAUCGAGGAGGAAAGUCACCGGCGAAACGUGAGCUCGAAGAUCGGUGCGUCUCUAACAGGUAGACGAUCGACUUGAAACGAAGUCUAGCGAAGCGCGAGAGAAUAUCGCGUUUUCUCAGUUGCUUUUCCUCAAAAGAGAAAACGGAGGAGAAGAAGGAGGUUCAUAUCAAAACACGCUUCGAGACAGAAACAUAUCUUGUUUUCGAAAUAAUUGCGGGGAGACGAGAGUAGUUACUUGACGCGACACACAAGAAAUAUCUAGCCUAACUACCGAAUUCUCUCUCUCUCUCUCUCUCUCUCUGCUGUGCGUUUACACUGAUCUCUCGUCGACGAAAGAAACAACGGAGUGCGAACGGAGAAAAAGUUCCGAACGAUCUCGUGAAAUUACGAUUCGACAUUGCUCUUCCGUUGAUUUACGCAGACCUCGCGAGCUGACGGAUAUAUAUGUGACUCCUAGAACAUAUAGUCUCGUAACGUAGUAGAGAGGUUGUAUAGAACGAAAGAGCGACCAUAAAAAAACGCGUGUGAUAAUAUUCGUAAGGGGAAGGUACCACUUCGAAGACCGGGAAAACAAACUUUUGCAUUAUACAAACGUAUGUAUUAGCGAUUUUAGCGACGCUAAAAUUGUUACUAGUUCGCAUGUACAAGGAGAUAUCGUUAAAUCACAUUCAUGAUAAAAAUGUGUUUUGUCGAUGACUUUGAAGUCGAGUAUUCCUCAACGAGAAUUUAAGCGGUACGCUCCUGACGAAAUCGUUCAUAUUUAAUUAGUGUCAGAAAUUUUCGGUUAGAAAGAUGUGCAUUCGAGAGCGUAGUGUAAAAAUUCAUUUUCAACAACAAUUGCAUUUCUAAUGUUUUUACUAUCAUAGACUUGCGAUUCCGAGAUAUUUCACGACGAUCAGAUUCUCGCUAUGGCGGCAAGAGAGUAGGUCUUAAAAUCAUCAAGAAAUUUAAUCCUCUUAGCGAUUAACAUAUUCUAUAUAUUACUGUAUAUGCCAAUGAUAAAUGUCACGAUUCAACAAAUACUUUGGUAUUUCGGCGAGAAACGCAAUAAGCCUAAUAGAAGAAAAAGUAUAAUACCGAUCGCAGUACUAAACUGAAGCAGAUAUAUAAUCGAAAAGGAGUGUGAGAAAGAGUAUCUCGUGUCUCACUUCUCUCAGUGCGAAACAACUUAAUUGCGCGACAAAGAUUUUUUUUCUCACGGCAUUCUCUGUCAAAUAUGAUUCUUUCGAGUGCGAUUUCAUCACACGUGUACAAUUGAUCGACAGCUUCGCGCAAUCUUUGAUUCCCCUCCAACCGACGCGUCCUUAAAGACACUCCAAGAGACACGCACCGAUAAUAUUCUUUGAUUCAUCAAUCCGAUUAGCCGGUAUCGAUAUAUUAGACGGAACCUUCGACGAAGAGAACGAUAGCCGCGCGCGCUUACGUUCGUGUCACGCGGCGUAACGUUCGGGAUAAUGUAAUUCGCGAUAAGAUUAGCGCGGCGAUGUCUCCCAAAAGUAGCGCAUUAGAUAGACGAACAAUUUGACGUAAGUCAGUAUUUAUUAAUCGACUUCGCGCGACGAAGGGUCGUUGACACGGCGGAUGAACGAUCGAAGAUGAUUACGGUCAGUUUGUCGAAGGAAUCUCACUCAACAAUAGUAACUAGCCCGGCAUAAAUAAUUCGGCGAUAUCGUGCCAGAUUAAAUCAUUUCGAACCGUUCGUUUCCGACGUUUGGAUUAGCAACGAUCAAACGGAUGCGACAUAGACUCCAUGUUACAAUGAUCCGCUUUGAAACUUUCAGAAAUUUCCUUCACUUUCAUCCCGCAGACGAUUCGGACGGUCAUCGGUCGUUCAAACGCAUCCGUCCUGACGUCGAUAGUAUUCGUGUAAUAUUUGUACUUAAUUUAUUUUUUAGUUUUACGAACGAACAUUUCGUGCUUACGUUGCGCACGAUAUCAGGCGAUUGCUUCGGUCGUUCCUACGAUGCGAAAGCAAAAAAGUCUAUUGGGAAUGAAAGUUAAGUCGACGAUAAGUAUCAAACGGAACGGUUACCGCUAUUAAUGUUGUUAAAAUGAUCGGGCGAAAGAUAGGUAAAUCGGCAUGCGCGAGACCCCCGAUAAUCUCGCCCGAAUGUUGUUUUGUAAAAUUGUUGAACUGCACGCAGUAUCUAUUUUCAUUCCCAAUAAUAAUAAUCGCCCGUUGCUUGGCAUACUGCGCGAAGCAUCUGUAUCGCGGUUAAAAUCGGUCUAAUGUUCGCUGAUCGAUCAGCGUAACACCUAGGUUAUAAGUAAUAAUGAAAAAUCCACGUGUCUCUCCUGGCCUAAGGCGGUACACGGCUGGGAGUACGCUACGCGAGUUGGAGCAAUUAUAAUAAAGCAUACGCGCGGGACUCCGUUUCUAUGAGAGAUAUAACGAAUCUCACACAACAAGCAGAAUAUAUCUAUCACACUCUUAAUGUCUAAGUUACAAAAUGCUUUAUCUAGGCAAUAACAAAUUAAUUAACUUAUAAAAAUAGACGAAUAAAUAUAUAUACGGGUGUUCCGAAACUAUCGUACGAUAGUCUAACAGCAUGUUCUGGAGCUUAGAGCCGAAUUACAGAUCGUACCUUAAGCGACAGCGAAAGACAAAAUCGGCGAAAAUCAAUAACGCGUGUCUGAGCGAAUGAAAUUUACGCGAUAUUGUUGGCCACGACUUUUAAUAGCUUAUGAUUUCAAAAUUAUUGUUACCUUGAUUAUUGUUACCAUGAUUUCCGCAUUAGGAUUCUCAACUCUUAAUCAAGCUCUAAAAUAUGCUGUUAAACUAUCGUACAGCUGUUCGGGAUACCUGUAUGAAAAUAUAAUAUGUAUUUACAGAAUUGUACAGAAUGUUCGGUAGAUAGACGCAUUUAUGGCGAGUGGAAGAAUAUUGUUUUUUGAGAAAACUGGACCAAUAUCUACUCUGAUAAAAUAUCAAAACUUUGGAUCUCUGGGUAUGAUUUUGAAAUGAUGACAUAAAAUAUCUUUACGCUUCGCAUAUCAGAAUUAAGGACACAUUUCCUCGCUUAUUUGCACUCUUAAAUUGCACUUUAUAAAAUAUCUUUUCUUUGAAAAAUCAUUCAUAGACAUGUCGCAUUUUUGCAUUAGAAAUAAAUUAUCACGUUAAUCAACGAAGAACAUCGUAUCAAAUGCGUCCAUUCCCAAACAUCCUGUAUAUACAUAUAAAUUAUGUGUAUUUUUUCAUAUAUAUAUACAUAACUUAUAUGUAUAUGUAAACUCGCAACUGCUUUCAAGACUGUGGAACACAUUAUAUAGAUGUAUAAAUGUUUAAAUAAAUUAUUAUAACAUGGUAAUAUC